AUGCCUGCAACCACUCUCAAGAGACGCUUUGACAGGUCCAAGAUUGCUCCAUUGAAGGCUGAACGAAGCGAAGGCUUACAAGGCUUGGACAACCUAAAACUUGUCGAGAGGCAAAAUCUCCCUGGGAACAAUCCUCCCCCUCCCCCUCCUCCUCCUCCUGAAGAUCCAUUGUCUAGUGAUGACGACAAUUCAGAGGACGAGGGCGCUGGGGAAACUUCAGGCGAAGAGGAUGAUGUCGAGCCGCUCAACCCGUUUGACCCAGGCACAUCUACAACAUCCCAGGAUCAGGCAUCGAUAACUGGACUAUCGAGCACAUCAAGCACGUCCAGCGUCCCGGUCGCGUCCGCCUCAUCAUCUCCAUCCACCUCGACAGAAGUAGCUCCGAUCACCUCUCAAGGACUUCUUUCCUCUACUUCAGACCUUGUCGGCUCCUUUACUACAAUUCCAACUUCCACUGUGCCUCUACCGGAUACCAGCUCUGGACUGCCCUCAACAACAUCGGUCAACUCGGCUGCUGCCUCCGAGACUGUGCGCGCUCAAGACCACCCUGUUGCGAAAGUGGCAAUCAUCCUCCCAUCGCUGUUGGCAGGUGUAGUCGCGAUCGCGGCCAUCUACCUUCUCAUGCGCUACUGCACCCCGCUCAAGGCGAGAUGGGCAGUCUUUCGAGCACGCAAAGGUCGGAGAUUACCUGGAGAGGAAGAAGAUGGAAGGGUUUCGGGAGUGGCACCGCAGAUGUCGGAGGCGUAUGCUACGCGGACAGAAGUCGCACGGCCUUCGUCUCUGCACAUCGAUCCAACAGUAGCCACGCCGGCACCGUUACUGACUCGGUCUCUCAGUCGAACACAAACUAUGCAUGACAAGACAGCACACCCGCCCGCGUACACCGCUAGCGGUCUCGGACCUCAUGCGUCCCAACUUCACGUGGAGGACCACGCUGGGCUCCGCAAUCCAAUUGCUCGAUUGAGCCAUCCGAAUGGUCUCGCAAACAAUCCCCCGACUCCUGUUGCACGCAACCAUCCGCCUCUGCCGAGCCAGGUGCACGUCCCCGUAAACCCCGUGCCCAACUUGCCGUCUCCCAUCAGCGUCGACGGCAGGGUCAGCAUGGGAUUCCCUCUACCACCAACGAUGCCGUCAACGCCGCACUUCCCCGCCCCGUCGCCGCUCGAAUCGACCUUUAGCUCUCCCCGCCGACCUCGCAAGUCCGUCACUCCGUCCGAGAGCAUAUCUAAUGUCCCCGACUCGCCCUUCCCCUUCUCACCCGCACUCAUGCCUCCGAUGCCCGUCUGGAAUUCUCGCUGGAGCCAUAAUUCGUCGAGCGUCAACGGGCGGCCUCCCCCGAGUGACGAGGGCUCUGCACAACCGCAAGACAGCUCUGGCCCCGGCCCGGCCGUGGAAUCGGUGUCGCCGGUGUCUCGUUCUCCAUCUCUGAAGAGCACACGUUCUUCUGCGGUGUCAUCCUCUUAG